AUGUUUGCAACAAGAAUAGUCAGCCGACAGGUCUUCGGGGCCCCCAGGUGGGCACAGGCCCGCUUCGUGUCCACAUUGGAGGGAAACCCUCACAUUUAUGUGUUUCCCAGUGAGAGACCAAGUAACUCUUAUAUUCUGUCGCUCUUGCCUUCCGAACCGGUCAACCCAGAUCUCGCCAUUGGAGUCUCCUCAAAGUUGCCGCCCACUCCAGACUCGCUCACGGAGAAUCCCAAGUUCCUCAGCAUCCUCCAAGAGGUCCUCGCCAAGCAUGCACAUGAGGAUCCAGACGCACAGUCCCAGGCACAGGUCAUGGCGUCAACAUCGGGGGCAAACCUUUACACGGGCGGUGUCCUGACAGCCCACCGGCGGGGAAAGAGAAGGCGCUCUGAAAUGGGUGACUCCAGUGGUGGUGCUAGCGGCCAAGGUGGAGCUGGUUCUGCUGGCAGAGGCGGCUGGAUUCAUGUCUCGGAUAGCAGGCGGCCUCCUGAGUUCGGAAGGAUUGCAUGGCCAGAGGAUAUCUUCGGAAGUCUCGAGGUAGACGGAAACGGCCAAUUUGUUGGUGGAGAUGGCAAAUAUCAAGCAAGUGGCACAUACAGAAUGAUCACGCGGAACGGAAUCUUGGGUUUGACUCCCUUCCUCAGGGAAAAGCUGGUUCAGCGACUCCGGGAAUUGGAGAAGUAA